AUGUAUUGUCGCCACCAGGUACAAGGGAUGCUGAUGGAUAUAACGUCAGCGUUCAGUGGUCUCGUACAUUCCCUCGACUGGAUGGAUCCUGACACCAAGGCCGCCGCCACCCUGGGCAAGGCUGCUGCCAUCAGACGUUACAUAGGCUACCCGGAGUGGCUGUUCAAACCGGACGAACUGGACAAAUUGUAUUCUAAUACAAAUACUUGUUGGAACAUGUUGGGCAUCAAGGGCAAGGAGGUGACAGAAGUGGUUGAGCCAGCUAGAUGGGACAGCGAUCCUCUGGAAGUUAAUGCUUACUACAGUAGAACUAUAAAUGCAAUAUCCAUUCCUGCCGGAAUUCUACAAAUGCCAUUUUACUUCCUAGGCCUCGAGGCAUUGAAUUAUGGAGCAAUUGGAAGCAUUCUGGGGCAUGAACUCACUCAUGGCUUUGAUAUCGAAGGAAAGGACUACGACAAGACUGGGGAGCGGAUAUCCUGGUGGAACAGCAAGAUUACUAACAUCUACAACCGGAAAGCUGAAUGUUUUGUUGACCAGUACAGCCGGUUCUCCUUCGGGAACACAGAUGAACUAAGAGUAAAUGGAACAUUGACUCUGGCAGAAAACAUCGCUGACAAUGGAGGUAUCCGGGAAGCUAUCCACGGUUAUCGUCUGUACACCUCAAGGCACGGUCCUGAGCCUUACCUUCCCGGAUUACAGCAUUACUCGCAUGAGCAGUUACUCUUCCUGGCCUUCGCCCACGUCUGGUGUGAGGCCACUACUCCCCAACACGAGGUCUUGAGUCUCUCCGACCUCAACAGUCCCAACAAGUUCCGCGUACUCAGGCAAGUCCUUUCCAACUCCCCAGAGUUUGCCAGCAUCUGGAACUGCCGCCCAGGCUCUCGUAUGAACCCCACCGACAAAUGUAUACUUUGGUGAUCAAUAGACACAGUUACCAUUUUUA